AUGUCACUUUCGCUUGUACUUUAUAAACUGUUAAAAAUUGGCAAAAUGUUUUGUCAAAUAAGUUUAGGGGUAAUGGCCCUUCUGCUAUUGGGUUUAUAUUCGUAUCAGGCCACAUUGAUAUAUCCGGCAAGUUUGAAUGAUGGCCAUGGAUAUUGUGCCACUCCUGAUGAAUAUGAUAUGCCGGAAUUCAAAAAUGUAUAUUUAAAGACUGAAGAUGGAGAGACCUUACAUUGUUAUUCAUUGAAACAGGAUCGAAACUCUGUCAAUUAUUCGAAUAAGACGAUUGUGAUACUUUCGCCAAAUGCAGGGAAUAUUGGACAUGCCUUACCGAUUGUUGCAUUAUUUUAUAAAGAGUUCAGAUAUAAUGUAUUUAUAUAUUCUUAUAGAGGAUAUGGGAAAUCCAGUGGUAAACCCAGUGAAGCCGGAUUAAAGAUUGAUGCACAAAGAGUUAUGUCUUAUUUAACCAGUGAAGACGAACAAUAUCAAGAAUCAUCACUUAUAUUAUAUGGAAGAUCAUUGGGAGGAGCGGUUGCAAUUUAUAUUGCAUCCAGUAUGAGUUCAUUAGUCCAUGCGAUUAUAUUGGAGAAUACUUUUUUAUCGAUUCCCAAGACGGUGCCUCAUGUAUUACCACCAUUAAAGUAUUUUACCAGUUUUGUAUCGGAAACAUGGGAUCUGGAAAAAUUAAUUCCUAAUAUCCCAUCUAAUAUACCAGCAUUAUUAUUAAGUGCAAGAAAAGAUGAGAUUGUUCCACCAGAACAUAUGGAUAAGAUAUAUGAGUUAUUGAAAACUGAAGACAAGAUUUUUUAUAAGUUUCCUAAUUCAGUUCAUAAUGAUACCGUAAUACAGCCAGCUUAUUGGGAAAAGAUUCAUGCAUUUAUUAAAGAUCAAGUGAAUCCAGUUGGAUAUUAG